AUGUCUGGAGCGGACGAUAUUGAUUCGCCCACGCCGAGUCUGAGUCGCAGCGCACCAGCGAAUGGCGCGUGGUCGAUCACACCCGCGCCUCUACCCUUCUUUUGGGUUAAGCCUGGCCCACUGCAAAGGUCCGUACCUGUCCACAUAUUAAACCUGCCUCUCCGACGCCCCGGGCGGAUGGUGGCCAUCCGUACCCGUCCUCAUAUCCGCCUCCUCCAAGCCCCCCUCCGCUCAUCCGUCUCUGUCUCUUACAGUUCCAUGUCAUAUGCCGCUGCCUCCUUCAUGGAGCCUACCAUUCUCCUCCACGUCGCCAAUAACCAUUACCCCAUCCCCCGCUAUUCCAAUUCAGCCCAGUACCAGCCCGUACUCUCCGCACAAUCAUCCUAUCUACGAUCGUCUGCACCACGGCCAAUCCCGCCUCCCCACUCUCAGUCCUUUGGCUACCAGCCCUCUCUCGAUUGCUCCUCGUCGUCUUAUCCAGGAUCAUCUAUGAACGUCGAGAGCCAACCCGAGACAUCCUUCCAUCACGCCAUGGACACGGAUUACAGCCCCACAGCACCUGCGAACGGCUACAGCGGCGAGUAUAGCGGUGUGUCUCCAGCCUCGUGGCCGGCCACCGACAGGGCACCGCACCCGCAAGAGUCCAGCUCUUUUCCCACUGGCCCAUUCGAAGCGUCAGCCCCCAUGUCCCCCUCGACCUAUGAAGAGGCCUUGACAGCCUGCAACCGGUAUAUCAAGCAGGAAGAGCCUGGUUUCACCGGCUUCAACGAGUUCUACUCCGCCUACUGGGGUGCUGGCCCCGAUACCUCGCUCGCCUCCUAUGAUACCGUCCCUGGUCACUCCUCUGGCCCCGACGUCACGCACACUCCCCCCACCCCGUACGCAGCAGGCUCGUCUUCCUCUCUUGCCUACGCCUUCAGCCCACCGGUUCACCAGCAGCCAUACAUGCAUGCAGCUCCUGACUCGCCCUCGUACAUGCUCACGUCCUCGCCCGGUUUGCAGUACCCGCCAACGCCGGACGCGAUACCACGCUUUGUGAACCCCGCGCAUAUAUCACCCAACCUGUCUCCAGAGACCGGCUAUGCACCGCUAGAGGACGAUCCCAAGCCGCCACAGGCCCUCGACCCCAGCGUCACCGUCAACGCACCCCCGAUGUUGCAUGACGACAUGAGGACGGCCUCCUACGGGAGCAUCAACAGUGCGAGCACUCCGUCUGAGCUCGAGCAAGCGCUGGUUAUGGACCCGAGCGUUCUCGUGGCGCAGGACAAUAAGCGGCGGCGUCGAGUGAGUUUCACGAGCUCAUCAGAGGACGACGCGGACCGGCUGUCGGAGAGCAGCGGGUCGGAAAAGGACGAAGUGAUGGAGCAGGAUGACGGAGCGGACGACGAUAGCGACUUCAUUCUCGAGUCCCCCUCUCAUGGUCGCGGUCGGAGGAGAACAAUCUCUUCCACUUCAUCCUCGUCACAUUCUGACCCUCGCCGUGUCCCCAAUCCCAUUCCCGUCCCCAACCUAACGAAGAAAAGCAGAGGCCGUCGUGUUCCCACCGCACCGGUCAUCGUCGUCAGCGAGAACGGCGUGGAGAAGAACACGAGGACGUACACAUGCAUGGUGGAUGGUUGCGGCAAGUGCUUCGCGCGGGGCGAGCAUCUUAAGCGACACGUACGGAGCAUUCAUACCAAUGAGAAGCCGCACAAAUGCCCAUACCCCGGAUGCGGCAAGGAUUUCAGCAGGCACGACAACCUGGGUCAGCAUAUGCGGGUGCACAAGAACUGGUCUUCCAAGCAACGCCGCCUCACUGGCUCGGCAUGA